AUGAGAUUAUCUGCUAGACAUGGGAGGCGUAUAUUGAAUAAGCCGUUGACCAAAGCACUCCAUAAAUGGCUAAUCAGUGUUUCACUCUUAACACCGGCACAGAUGUGUGCCAUCACUUUGACAAUACUCCUCUUAAUGAGUAGCUAUAGCUAUGCUGCAAAUGAUAUGACUAAAGUCAGUCGUCGUCAAUCAGAUCACACAACUGAUAACAUGAUGGCUGACCACACAUCACAUAGUCAUCCACAGACUUCCGAGGAUAGUGACUACUGGCCACUCAAAUAUACAUAUAGCCAGUGGUUGCGCAAAGAGUUUAUAACUAAUGUUAAUGAUGAAGACUCUAUGUGUGAAUUAGUGACCAAAAGAACCGACAAUUGCCAAACUAUAUUAACUUCAGAUAAAUCUGAUAUUCAAAUAAUUAGUGAACAAAAUAUUAAUAUUUUUUCAAAUGUGUCCAAUUUUAAUGAACCAUUUAAUGAACCAUUUAAUGGUGGUUCAAAUAGUGUUGGAAUUAAUACAGAAUCGGUGACACCAAUGGCCACGACGUCAGUGACCCACGAGUCAGUACUGACGGCUACCUCAUCCGGACCUAAGCUUAUAGAUAAUGUAUCUAACAAUCAGUGCCUUUUUCUGGACAAGAAAUCGGCCAAAAGCAUCUGUGAUUCGCCGACUGGAGUGACCCGACUCAGCCUUUUGGAACGGUAUCACCUCAAGUAUUGCGACCGAUACCCCCUAUCAAGUGUGCUCCGGUAUGACACUCGGGAAACGCUAUUAUAUGGCAAUCAAAGUGAUCAAUGCCAACACAUACUGUCCGAAUUGAUUACCAUUGAUAUUACAGUCAAUCAACUCAUUUGCGAUUAUCACUCAAUACUUGAGCGCUACGAUUGUCAAAAUGGCUUUUCCGUCAUCUGGUCCUGUGAUGACUGUCGGAUAGUAUACCGUGAAUGGGUGUGUUCAAUGUUAAUCCCAUUUCAUAUAAACCGUGUGUUAAUAAAGCCGUGUUGGAGUUUUUGUGAACGCGUUGAACAACGAUGUCCUCAUCUCCAUCCAUACGGGAAGGGACAGUAUGCUGGAGAACCUGUCUUCUUAUGCAUCGAUCCAAACAUACCAUAUAAUCCAUCGAUAACACCGGACACUCCAUAUGGAGAGCCUGGUGUCUGCUACGACACGUGCCAUCUACUCAUGGAUGAUGACCAGGACAUGAAGGAAAGGCAGGAUUGCAUUAGCAAUAGUGAACUCCUCCAUAAGGCAUAUAAUAAGGCAACGAAUAUGACCAAUAAUAUCAAUAUUACUACUACUUCUACAACUACUAGUACUACCACUACUACUACUACUUCUUCUUCUUCUACUUCUGCGGCUCCGACUGUCACCGAUUCCAAUGAUUCCAGUGCUGCCAAUCAUUGAUAUAUUUGCCAAUUAAACAAAUAAACAAACAAACAAUGGACAAUAUUAAGAUAUUGUAUCAUAUAUCUACAGUAUAUGUAUACAUGU